CUGAUGACGUAACAUACGACGAGCGUUCUCGCGAGAGGUAUCUUGUGUACUCGUGUCGGUUUUCCCGUGGGUACGAGGGCGUCGAGGUGCGCGGUGUGGAGGUGUAACCCGCUGUGACCCGUCUUAUCACCGGUGCUCCGUCCGUAGACUCGCUCGGCCGUGCGUUAAAACCGGCUCACGUUAUCACGCGCUCGCGUCGCUCGGCCGUUCGUUCACUCGCUUAUUCAUUCAUUCAUUCAUUCGGCAACACACCACCGGGCCCGUUGUCACGCUGGUGAAACGUGUGCGUACGCGCCGCGACGAGCAGCGCACCGGACUGCUGACUUGAUUCCCGGCAGGGACGUCGAGCGGAACAGCGACGAAGGUGGUGGAGAUAGACAAAGAGGGACGGACCGUGUCAGGAUGAGCGUGGACGCGUACGGACCCAGCAGCCAGACCCUGACGUUCCUCGACACCGAGGAGGCGGAUCUGAUCGGCGCCGACACGCAGGGCAGCGAGUUUGACUUCACGGACUUCACUUUACCGUCGCCGAGCCAGACUCAGGCCUCGCAGCACGAUGCGACACAAACGCAGUCGAGUCAGCCUGUACAGGUAAAUGGUACAAGUGGCAGUUCAUCAUUGGAUUUGAAAAUUACUGGAGCUGCUCAGAGUCUUGCAGAAUUACAAUUUGAAGAAGAAGAAGAAGAGGCUUACUAUAAUCGAGAUUUACCUGAGCAUGCCUGUAAAUAUUGUGGUAUCCAUGAAGCUUCUUGCGUGGUCAUGUGCAAUGUCUGCCGUAAGUGGUUUUGCAACGGACGCGGUAAUACUUCGGGAUCGCAUAUUAUUAAUCAUCUUGUGCGUGCUAAGCACAAGGAAGUCACCUUGCACAGGGACGGUCCUCUUGGAGAAACUGUCUUGGAAUGUUACAACUGCGCUACGAGAAAUGUUUUUGUACUGGGUUUUAUUCCUGCUAAAGCUGAUUCUGUGGUCGUACUGCUUUGUCGACAGCCAUGUGCAGCACAGAGUUCCUUGAAAGAUAUGAAUUGGGAUCAGGAGCAAUGGAAACCUCUGAUUGAAGAUCGCAGUUUUUUAUCUUGGCUUGUGAAGAUCCCGUCUGAACAAGAACAGUUGAGAGCCAGACAGAUCUCUGCGCAGCAGAUUAACAAGUUAGAGGAGUUGUGGCGGGACAAUGUUGACGCGACUUUCCAAGAUCUGGAGAAACCCGGAGUGGACGAGGAGCCGCAGCAGGUCUUGCUGCGCUACGAGGACGGAUAUCAGUAUCAGAAUAUUUUCGGUCCGCUCGUGAAAUUAGAGGCCGAUUAUGACAAGCGGCUGAAAGAAUCUCAGACCCAAGAGAACAUCGAAGUACGAUGGGACGUCGGACUGAACAAAAAGACUAUCGCGUACUUUAUGCUGGCUAAAACUGACGGCGACAUGAAAUUGAUGCACGGUGACGAACUGAGACUUCGUUAUCUCGGGGAGCUUCAUAAGCCUUGGUCCGGAAUCGGUCAUGUGAUUAAAAUCCCCGACAAUUACGGCGAAGAGGUUGGGAUCGAGCUUAAAAACAAUUCUGGAGCGCCGACGGAGUGCAACAGUAACUUUGUUGUUGACUUCAUUUGGAAGAGCACAAGCUUCGAUCGAAUGCAAUCAGCGUUGCGCAAGUUCGCCGUGGAUGACUCAUCCGUGUCGGCUUACAUAUAUCAUCGGCUGUUGGGCCACGAGGUGGAGGAAGUUCUGUUCCGCUGCCACCUGCCUAAGCACUUCAGCGCCCCGAAUCUGCCGGAUUUGAACCGAUCUCAGGUGUACGCGGUGAAGCACGCGGUGCAGCGGCCCUUGUCUCUGAUCCAAGGGCCGCCCGGCACCGGCAAGACCGUUACGAGCGCCACCAUCGUUUACCAGUUGGUGAAGCAGAACGGCGGCCCGGUUUUGGUAUGCGCGCCCUCCAACACCGCCGUCGACCAGCUGACGGAGAAGAUUCACAAGUCGAAUCUGAAGGUCGUGCGAUUGUGCGCGAAGUCGCGCGAGGCCAUUGACUCGCCGGUGAGCUUCCUCGCGCUGCACAAUCAGAUCAAGAACAUGGAGACGAACACCGAGCUGCAGAAGUUGCAGCAGCUGAAGGACGAAACGGGUGAGUUGUCGAGCGUCGACGAGAAGCGCUACAGGCUCUUGAAGAAAGCGGCGGAGAAAGAGUUGCUCGAGGCUGCUGACGUGAUCUGCUGCACGUGCGUCGGCGCCGGAGACCCGAGAUUGCACAGACUCAAGUUCCACUCGAUACUCAUCGACGAGAGCAUGCAGGCCACCGAGCCGGAGUGCAUGGUGCCGGUGGUCCUGGGAGCCAAGCAGCUGAUCCUCGUCGGAGAUCACUGUCAGCUGGGCCCAGUGGUGAUGUGCAAGAAGGCCGCCAGGGCGGGCCUGUCGCAGUCGCUAUUCGAGAGACUGGUGGUGCUCGGCAUUAGGCCGUUUCGGCUGGAGGUGCAGUACCGCAUGCACCCCGAUCUUUCGCGGUUCCCGUCCAACUUCUUCUACGAGGGCUCCCUGCAGAACGGCGUCUGCGCCGACGAGAGGAAGCUACUGAAGAUCGACUUCCCGUGGCCCGUGCAGGACAAGCCGAUGUUCUUCUACGUUACACAAGGCCAAGAAGAGAUAGCGGGCAGCGGGACGUCCUAUUUGAAUCGCACCGAAGCCUCCAACGUGGAGAAAAUCACCACGCGAUUCCUGCGUUGCGGCGUGAAGCCCGAGCAGAUCGGCGUGAUCACUCCGUACGAGGGCCAGCGGGCCUUCCUGGUGCAGCACAUGCAGUACCAGGGCUCCCUGCAUUCGAAGCUCUACCAGGAGAUCGAGGUGGCGAGCGUGGACGCCUUUCAAGGGCGCGAGAAGGACAUCAUCAUCAUGUCCUGCGUACGAUCCAACGAGCAUCAGGGUAUCGGGUUCCUGAACGACCCCAGGCGGCUCAACGUGGCGCUGACUCGCGCGAAAUACGGGAUCAUCAUCGUCGGUAAUCCCAAGGUGCUGUCGAAGCAAGCGCUCUGGAACCAUCUGCUGAACUUCUACAAGGAGCAGAAGGUGCUGGUCGAGGGCCCGUUGAACAAUCUGAAGGAGUCCAUGAUCCAGUUCGCCAAGCCGAAGAAGCUCGUGAACGCGGCCAAUCCGGGCUCCCACUUCAUGUCCACUUCCAUGUACGACGCGCGCGAGGCUCUGAUCCCCGGCUCCGUGUACGACCGCUCGGGCAGCGGGCAAGUGAAUGGCGCGCAGAACCACAAUCCGUAUUACCAGAGGAACGUGCCGCUGGACAUCUUCAGCAGGACCCACGACACCAUCAGCUACAUCAGCCCGGAGAGGGCGCAGGCGGCGAUGAACAACGUGCCCGUGCCGGUGGGCAUGUUCAUGAACAUGGCGCACGUGCCGCCGCGCUUCUACAAUCAGCACCAGCAGGCGGUGCAGGCGCGGCAGAACCAGCGUAAUCGUCGUGGCGCCGCCGGCACGGCGAGGAACAAAUCGGGCCCGCGCAUGGGCAAGCUCAGCCAGACCGAGCAGAACACGCAGCCGUACAGCCAACCGGGUCUGCCGCUCACUCAGGGCACGACGCAGGGUAUGUCGCAGCCGGGCUUCAGCCUGUCGCAACCCGGUCUCAGCCAGGCGGAGCUGUCGCAGGACUCCUUCGCCGUGGGCGAAUUCCAGUCGCAGAUGGACGGCCUGCUGUCGCAGGACUCGACUUACCAGGGCGACCGCAGCGGCUUCUACCAGUCCGGGCAGUCGCAGGCCGGGGGACAGUUCUCCCAGCCUUAUUGAGCCGAGACUGUACGGCUGAGCAACGCAAUUGCCAUGCAGCGUCGCGGGAGCGACUGAGGGCUCGUUCGACCAAUUCUUCUUCGACCAACAACCACAAAUCACUAACUGCGCGAAACGGUAAAACGGCUCGGCGAUCGAGUACGGUAUAUGCAAUAAUAUUGCAGUCGUCGGCGUGAGAGAUCAAAGGGGAACGAAAGAGGAGAGAACGAAGGAUUCCGUAAUAAGGACCAAUUCGCCGUUCGGGGACACUCCGGCGUGAACGGCGCGGAUGGCAAGGUUCUUCGCCCAUCUGUACUGGCUGUAACGGGUGCGACUAACGAGGACUGGACGGAGACAUCACACACCACUCAAAACUCGUACGAGCGCGGACACACAUACACGAGAGAAAACAGAAAAAGAAACACACACGUACAUGAAACACACGGGGGAGGCGGGAAGACGACAAACGACUACCACCGACCACCACCACAACCACCACCACCAAUCACUGUGACCACGCGCUUACCGUGAACGGACCGUUUUAUCGCGGGGAUCGAGUGACGCUAAUAGAGUUAAGGAGAACCCGAAAAAAAAAAGAAAAGAAAAGAUAAAAA